AUGCCCACCAGUGGUUCUGGCGAUCCUUUUGCAGCCUAUGCCGCUCUUGUCAACAACAAUGCCGCCAGUCCCGCUUCUCAGAAUCCCAAUCUUCCCAUCAAUUUCCCCUUUAUUCAACAAGAGCAACAGGUCCAGCAAAAGCUCGCCCAGCUGGAUGAAGAAAAGAUCUACACGCUAGUUCUCGAAUUACUGAAUCCAGCUCUCCGAGAGCAAGCUUUGUUAGAUCUGAGCAAAAAGCGUGAGCAAUACGAAGAUCUUGCUCUUAUUCUUUGGUAUUCAUAUGGCGUCAUGUCCAUUUUGCUGCAAGAAAUUGUGGCAGCUUAUCCUCUGUUGACACCGCCCACGCUGAGCGGAGGAGCCUCCAACAGAGUAUGCAAUGCGCUGGCUUUGCUUCAAUGCGUCGCAAAUCACAAUGAAACUCGGACUUUAUUUUUGCGUGCCCAUAUUCCACUCUAUCUGUAUCCAUUCCUCAAUACGACCAGCAAGACGAGACCUUUUGAAUAUUUGCGUCUGACGAGCUUGGGUGUGAUUGGAGCUUUGGUGAAAAACGAUAAUCCCGAAGUCAUCAGCUUUUUGUUAUCGACCGAAAUCAUUCCUUUGUGCCUAAGAAUCAUGGAAACCGGCAGUGAACUCUCCAAAACGGUGGCUAUCUUCGUCGUGCAGAAAAUCUUGCUGGAUGAUACAGGCUUGUAUUACAUCUGUCAGACGUACGAACGUUUCUACGCUGUGGCUACAGUACUUCAUAUCAUGGUGAAUCAAUUGGUAGAAACACAAGCCAUGCGUCUUUUGAAGCAUGUUAUUCGAUGCUAUUUGAGACUUUCGGAUAAUCCUAGAGCACGAGAAGCCCUUCGUCAAUGUCUUCCCGAACCGCUGAGGGAUUCCACGUUUCAUGCGGCUCUCAAGGAUGAUGUUACUACGAAACGAUGUCUGGCACAACUGUUGCUCAAUUUAUCGGACGGUAUCAACUAG